AUUUUACGACCAGCCGUCAACGUUUCCCUCCACCCAGGAAGGUAACUCAUACACAAAAUCAAUCGAGGAUCAGAGGGUCCUAAUCUGCUUCUGAGGCUUCUUUAGAGAUUUAGAAAAGAGACACUGGGAUUAAGAUUUAACUAGUGCAACUGGAAUACAGCGAUAAUGCCUUCCACUACGAAGAUUCUGCUUUUCACAUCCAGUGCGUUUGUCACUCUCAUAUCUGUUGGGAUGAUGGGGUAUGGCAUGUCAACACAGUGGGCUAAGACAACCUUGGACUGUGCAAGAGGUGAAAGUAGCUUCUACAAUGGAACUGCUAUCAUCACUUUGACGCUUUUUACUGGGAUUAUGAACAGAAGCUUUUGCCCUGUGUAUGGGAGAAUUGAUGAUUUUCAAGUGAUUCCUAAAUUGGUAGAAACAGGAGUUACCCCUUUAGUACUGCACGCUUUGGUUUUGUGCCUGUUGGCCGUGUGUCUGCUGUGUUCCGCCUGCAGCAUCCUUAUAUCCCUCUACAACAGUGUCAGUAACCCUUAUGAGACCUACAUGGGGCCUGUUGGCAUCUACGCUUGCAGCUCGCUCAGCGCAUGUUUGUCUGUUGUGGUCCUUAUCAUAUUUGUGGUGAACAUCAAUGUGACCAACAUGGCAGAGGAAUUGGUGAGGGACUUUGCCGAUGCUGUUGCAGUGGACCUGAGGAACAAGUCUUCAGAGAUGCAGCUAGGAUACUACCUGAUCAUCCCUUACACAGUGCUCUCUCUCGUCACCAUUGCUUUGAUCUACAUGUAUGACCACGCAGCCUACACACAUAGGAGAGAACAGCAAAGGCCUACCGAGGACGCGCCCAAGGAGAUAAUGAUGUAUUAGUGGCCUGCAAUGGAGUCAAUUUUCAGUGACAGUGAUGAAUUGCUAAUCAGCACUUUCUAUAACUUUAGAAUUACAAACAGAAAUUGGAUGUGUGUAGAGAAAAAUAUGGAUGUACAGCUUUUUUGUGUACAAUGAGAAUAUACAUAGAAUGACACAAUAUUGUGUUUUUAUAAUUUCAGUGUUUUAAUCUAAUUUGACAUGAAGUUAUCACAUUGUAAAUGAUUUGCUGAUACAUUUAUUAGUAUAUAAAUUAAUUUAGAUUCAUAGGUUUUUGUAGGCUUUAUUUAUUUUGUGUAAUUAUAUAAUUUAACAGUUAUUGGUUCAAUAUGAUAGAAACAGAUCAUUCUAUUUUUCACAGAGAAAUAACAGUCAAAUGCUCAAUCUUUUAGUCUUCAAUAGAUCAACUUGUCUCGGUUAUAUAUAAACCCAGUGACUUUUUUGUUUCUUAUGUGUCUGAAACAAUAGUUUGCAUACAAUAAGUAAAUGUAAAUAAACAGAGAUGAUGUUCUCUUUUAAAGGAUGGAUCUUUCAAAAAAUUUACACCCAACGUUUAUCUUUAUAUUAGUUAUUUAAUAUUCCAUAUUUACUAAAAGACUAAGAAGCAACGUAGUGGAUGAGUAUGUGAAAAAUCUAAAGUUUAAGACAAGUGGGAAGAGGCAUUUGGGGAUAAAUUGAUCUCUGCUGCCCCCUAUCUCUGAGAUGGCGUAAUUGCAAAGACCCAUCUCGUAAAAUUUCAAGUCAACAUCCAACACGUUUUCAUCAAUGAAAAUGGAGUAAAAGAGAAAAGAUUUUUAAUCAGUCUUUCAUCAGUUAUAGCUGGAUGGUUGUCAGUGUGUGUCUAUUUUUAAUUAUGGGAUAUUUAUGUCAAAUGGUCAGACUAAAGAAAGACAAAAUCCAAUGUAAAAUAGCCGUCAUUAUCUUUAAGUCUCCAGGACUGAGCACUGACACUUUGAUUCUCAUAGGCAUUCCCACGACUGAAAAACUCCAGACUGGGUUAGACCAGAAGUUGUACCAUUACUUGUACCAAUUACAACCAUUUAUCCAGUAACCUUUUAGCUAGCUAGCUAUCUGUUACAUAUAGGCUACAUGUUAUGAAUUAAUGGUUCCUAAAGCUAGUUCAACCAUAUAUCCAUUACUUUUACAUAAAUGUUUUGACAGUUUUACUAUUACUGCUGGCUAACAAUUUCAGCUUUUCCUCCAUAGCCCUCUAGCCCUCUAUUUAAAUUUUUUAUCCGUUACUUUUUAGCAAACUGCUUUUGCCAUGUAUCCAUUACUUUGAUUGUACAACUGAUUGUUGAUUAGUUUUCAUAUGCUCAAAAUCAAACACAUACUGUUCAAGUGUUACAGCUGACUUAAUAUGUGGAUAUAUUUUUGAUGAAAAAAUGUUGAUCUACUCUAUAAUCUUUUCAUGCCUUGUAACGCCUGGCAACUAGAGGUAGCCUACCUACUAGGGGAAUAUCCUCUGAAUCACUGACAUAGGCCACAUGCAUUACUUUACUUACCAUCAUCAUUUCAUCACUCAUGACAGAAGUACUGCUUAAGUUGAGCUCUCUAAACUCCAGUGUUGCACUGCAUUUGAACUGUAUCCACAUCCAUGUGGGAUCAACUUGGAAAAGCCUUGAUGAGUGAUACACAUAUAUUACAGAUCUGUUUAAUCAAUUUGAAAGGAUUUAAAAAACAAAAAACAAACAAGCAAUGGUGACAUCGAAACACAGCUGGUUCUGUAGAAGCUGAGAUAGAUCUUGCUGAGAGUCUGCUGGAUCUUCAGACACCCUCACAGCUGUGAUUCACAUGACUGUGUUGACAUGAGAGCAAAGGCGAGGUGUCCUCUUACCAUUUCCCGCGUCCCAUCAUUCAGGUUCUAAAGUCUGUUUGGACAUGCCCUUUCCAGCACUUCUCAGCUCCGCAACGCCUUCUACCUGCCUUCAAAAGAACCACUCUUCCUUCAAGUCUGACACUUCAAGGGACCUGUGGAAGGAUGCAGCAAUCUGCUUUGCAGUCGUCAGUGUGAAUAUGUAUUAAAUUUCUGAGAAUGCAUACUUUCUAGAAUGAAUCAAAAGCAUUUCAGGCUGUCAGAAAAUCUGUUAGCAAGGUAGAAAGGCCACCAUGCCUGCAAAGGUGUCAUGGAGAACCUUCUGCUUAUUCAGAGUCAAGUUUUAUUAAUUUGUCCAAUACAGCUCUGUAAUUUUUAGUAUUAAAGGCAUUGAA